UAGCAGUGCACUCAGUUUCUGGUUAAUUAAUACAUUAACUGAUUAAGUUACGUACUGAUCCCAUGUUCGUUCGUCGUUAAUCAUUCAUGACGGUCCAUGUAUUUCAUUCAAUUACUAUAUUAGUUCAUGAUUUGUACUUGAGUAGUAACUGAGUUAUUAAGUUAACUGUGUGCUCUCAAGUGAAAUGUUUAAAGUAAUGUUGUAAAUUGCGCCCAUAUAAGAACUUAAUCUGUAUUACCUGUUUUUAACAAAGUUUCUAAACCGUAUCAUAUAAGGCACUGGCGAUGCAUUGAAUUCCAAUAAUGUCGAUUAUCGAUAUGAACCUUUUCUUCGCACUGUGGGGUUGCCAACUUUGGACAGCUGACUUGAGUGAGAUUUUCAUUUUGAGACAAGUCUGCACACGUAUUUACAUGUAUGUUUUAUUACAUUGGAAAUAGUCUAGGGUUUACAGACCACCUCAAUGCCUCUGAUGUGGCUAAUCUUAGGUUUAUUAUGGAAUAAUAUACAUUUGCCGUAAUAUUUCCUGUGUGAACGUGAGUCUGAAAGUGUGUCACGAGAGAUAGGUGAGAGCUGGCAGCCGCAGUCAUUGUGAAGUUGUUAUUCCGCCUAAUUUACUUAACUUUAUUCCUAUUAAUACAUUACUAAGAUAAGCAUAAUACUGAGCACGUUUUGAUGGUUGACAGGGAAAUGUAGAAGCCAUCAGGGCUUUGGGGCGAUAAAGACAAUGCCAACCGACCGUUUGUGUGAUUUGCAUACAUUUCCCCAGCGGACAUGGAGGUGGGUAGCUCUUAUCCUAGUUGCAAAGGCCGGGUCGCGCUAAUGGAAACGUGCGCUCAACGAGACAGAUGCGCCCCUUUGUCCGUUUAACAGAAAUGAUGCCAAGGGUGUAACGUCUCUUCAUGCUCACUAUUAUUUUUAACAGUCACAGCUGUACAAUUCUUGGCGGGAGGCGCCCAUUUAAAACGAAUAUUAAGAAAUGAAGCAGAUAGCAUGUAAAUGUGCCGGAACUGAGAUGCUGGUAGGAUUUUUAGAAAGGGGGUUGACUGGCAUGUUUUGUUUAUGCUCUUCUUUUUAGUUAUUUUAAAAAUAGUUUCGCAAAUCUUAGUAUUAAAAAUCUGAAACAUAUUAGCCUCAUGUGGGAAGAAUAGGAAGACGUGUCCUUUGAAAAUAACUGAACUUUGAAUAAGUCAUAUAUAUGUUUCAGAUAUAUAGAAAUAUAUUAAAUGAUGGUGCGUGUGUCCUUGCUUUGGGUCAUGGUUAGUUGUAUCUUCAUCUAUUUGAUUGUCUCAUAAAAUAUUAUUAAACAUUUUUAAUCAAUGAGUAGCAAAUAUUAGUAAAUAUUAUUAGGUUGCCAAGUAUCAUUUCAUAUCUGAAUAUGAAUAAAUAAUUACAUAUUGUCGAUAUACAACAGGCAGUGUCCAAGUGCUUUAUAUAGGGCGUAUAUGCGUCGGUCCAGUUCAGAAUCCACUCCGGGUCGCAGUUCCUACUCUCCUGCGCACUCGCUAUCGAGGCUGGGAUGCGCGCUUAUAACAGCGCACUUCUUCUGAAGCGGGGUCACAAAUAAUCGCGAUACCUCGAUUGCUGGCGGAAUGAGCCGAGCGGCUGGUGCGCAAGAUAUGUUAUGUACAAAGCCAAUGACUUUACUCGUACAUAGUACAUUAAAUUGAACAGCAAGUUUAUAUAUACGAAUAUAUUUUCUUGUCUUAUCUGACAUUGACGGAUGAAGGUGGACUAAACUUUCAGUUGUGCUACUCUGAAACAGUUUUUUGCAGCAAAGCACGCAGACAAACACAGUGAUUGUCGUUGGUCCUGCAGACCCCGAAACAUAGCUAGGAUAAAUCUUCAGGUGAAAGUGUUUCCCAGGUGAUGAGCUCACUGCUCUUCCCCAGCUACGGUAUGAAGGAUCGUGAGUCAGUGGCUCUCUUGCACUACACAGGCACAGGCUCAGCAAAGGUGACCGGUCCAUUCUCCUCGGCCAGCCUCCCGGCCUCAUUCCCCACGAUGGGCAAGCCCCAGCCGUUCAGCCUCCCGCCCGGCCCCCAGCUGCUGGCUAGCAGGCAGCUUCAGAAGCUCAACAGUCACUACCAGAGCUUGGCAGGUGCCGCUACUCCAACUGCCGGACCGCCCAGAAGCUAUGGACCGGCAGUGACUGUGGGCCCUGGACACAUCAUACCGCCACCUCUCGGGACCUCCCCGGGACCUGGACUCAUUGAUUCUGACCCAGUUGAUGAGGAGGUUUUGAUGUCUCUGGUGGUGGAGUUGGGGUUAGACCGGGCCAAUGACCUUCCAGAGCUAUGGCUGGGCCAGAACGAGGUGGAGUUCAUCUCGGAUGUUUCUGCCUUAUGAUGUGUGUGUGAUCUCCUACCCGACGUGGAGAGAGAGCCAGAGUGGCUUAGCCUGACUGUGAGUGCCUGGGAAAGGGGGUCAAGCUCCCUGCUGGCACGAUGAUGACAAUUCAGAGGACUGCAGUCAGCUGAGGACAGCGUUCCUGCAACAAGCAGCAUGUUUCUGCUUUUCUAACGGCCUUGUCUGCGUAUAAUAAAAGAGAGGAGGUGAGGUCAAGUGAAGAGAUGCUGAGAAGCCUGGGGAACCACAAAAAUCUCUGUGCAUAAAGGACCGUGUCCUGUAGACCCACCAGUGAAGUUUGCCAUUUACACCCUAACAAGCCGGCAUAUUCCCCAUGAAACUGACAUGGGGGGAAACCAAGGAAGAUGAGCCAGAUGGUUUUGCUAUUGCUGACUGUUUGCUCGCUCUGCCCGAUAGAUUUGUUUUUCUUUAGUCACCUCACCUAUUUACUGCCUACACACAAUCACAUACAAUAACGACGAAUUUCCAAAGAUCAGCACUUGUGUAUGAUGAUAUUCACUGUGUUUGGACAUGCCACAUGCGGGGCGGCAGGGUUGGGGGGGCGGGAGUUCCCAUAAGCCUGAAACCUAAGGCUGGGGAUUAACAACAAAAAGAAAAACUACAUAUAACCGGUAGCAGGGGCUAACUUCCUGGGAAAUGGUGUUUAGAGAUGACUGAAUGACUAGUGACUGGAGUUUAGUGACUGGGACUCUGUGACUGGACACUGGUCACUCGAGCUUAUUGGUUGGGGGCUGGUUACCUGGAAAUACAGACUGAGGCUUUGCGAAUGGGAAUUUCUGACCAGUGAAAAGUGACUAAUACCAUGCUGCCAUCGAAAGAAAUCAUGCGAGAGAUCGGUAAGACACAUCAAUCAGAGUGGCUCCUCUCGGUUACCUUCUGGGUGGCUGAGGGGUGUUACAGAAUUGCAUUCUUAUAGCUGCAUCUCUGAAUCUCUGCAUCAAUGACACGGGGAGCGCGGUUGGUUGAGAUCAGACACGUUUUGAAAAACAAAGCAAAUUGUGAAUACUAUCAAAUAUUCCCAAAAUAAUUGUUCAGAAGUUCGGGAGUAUGCUGUUUCCAGUUACAGGACUGCUGGAUCGUCAGUCCUGUGUAUCGUGCAUCUCUAAGGAAGAGAAUGAGAAAAGGAGUGUGUGUUGCUUUGCAUGUGUGUGUGCGCACAUAUUAGCUUUAUUGUGGGUUUUGCUAUCAGAAACUUCCACAGGGAACAAAAGCGAUUUGCCAGUGAAAACAUGCCUGUUGAGUUCGUUAUGAGGUAUUGUUCUAGCAAUUAUCAUGUGUAAAGACUGGCUUAACUGACCUCCACUGUUUUACUGUCUUAGUUUAUGGGAAGUAUCAUGCAUUUUCUUUAAUAGAGUGUUUUCCUUUUCCAAGUGUCGAGUCUCCUAGGCGAGACUGCGUGAGUGAAAAAUAAUUUGAAAUUACUGUUAAUGAAGUACGUAAAACCAUGUGAAUUUCAUUUGGUAGUCAUGAUUUGUUGUUUAUGUCAUCAUUUGUUUAUUGGUCUUUUAGAAAGGGCGCGGUGUGGUUCAUGGUGUUUCGCCUGUUUCUCAUCACACUUACUUAUGACAAUCAUUAUCACUUUAAAUUUGCUUAGCACUUUCCCUAUGUUGUAUUUUUAAUAAAUAAUGCAAACUUGCUUAACUGUGUUAAGGUAUCUGCGGCUUACUGCACGAUUAAAAAAAUGUACUUACAUAAAACUGGA